GCUCCCCUGAGAACAUCCGCCGCAGGGACCCGGAGGCACCGGCUGUUAGGUGCUGUCGUUGCCAUGGGCAAAAGAGACCGGGGGGAUCGCGAUAAGAAGAAAUCCAAGAAGCGGCACUACGAGGAUGAGGAAGAAGAUGAAGACGACGUCCCUGGGAACGACUCUCAGGAAGCGGUCCCCUCGGCGGCCGGGAAGCAGGUGGAUGAGUCUGGCACCAAGGUGGAUGAAUAUGGAGCCAAGGACUACAGACUGCAGAUGCCGCUGAAGGACGACCACACCUCGAGGCCUCUCUGGGUGGCUCCUGAUGGCCACAUCUUCUUAGAAGCCUUCUCUCCAGUUUACAAAUAUGCUCAAGACUUCCUGGUGGCCAUUGCAGAGCCAGUGUGCCGACCAACCCACGUGCAUGAGUACAAACUAACUGCCUACUCCCUGUAUGCAGCUGUCAGUGUUGGGUUACAAACUAGUGACAUCACCGAGUACCUCAGGAAGCUCAGCAAGACGGGAGUCCCUGAUGGAAUUAUUCAAUUUAUUAAGUUGUGUACUGUCAGCUAUGGAAAAGUCAAGCUGGUCCUGAAGCACAACAGGUAUUUUGUUGAAAGUUCCCACCCUGAUGUCAUCCAGCAUCUUCUCCAGGAUCCAGUGAUCCGGGAAUGCCGUCUACGGAACUCUGAGGGGGAGGCUACAGAGCUCAUCACAGAGACCUUCACCAGCAAGUCUGCCAUUGCCAAGACUGCUGAAGGCAGUGGUGGACCUUCCACUUCCCGGGUGACAGAUCCACAGAGUAAAUCCGACAUCCCCACGGACCUGUUUGAUUUUUAUGAACAAAUGGACAAGGAUGAGGAAGAAGAAGAAGAGACCCAGACAGUGUCUUUUGAAGUUAAGCAGGAAAUGAUUGAGGAACUCCAGAAACGUUGCAUCCAUCUGGAGUACCCUUUGUUGGCAGAAUAUGACUUCCGGAAUGAUUCUGUUAACCCUGAUAUCAACAUUGACCUGAAACCCACAGCUGUUCUUAGACCUUAUCAGGAGAAGAGCCUGCGGAAGAUGUUUGGGAAUGGACGUGCCCGUUCUGGGGUCAUUGUGCUUCCUUGUGGUGCUGGGAAGUCCCUGGUUGGCGUGACAGCUGCAUGCACUGUGAGAAAGCGCUGUCUGGUGCUGGGCAACUCCGCUGUGUCUGUGGAGCAGUGGAAAGCCCAAUUCAAGAUGUGGUCCACCAUUGACGACAGCCAGAUCUGCCGCUUCACCUCCGACGCCAAGGACAAGCCCAUAGGCUGCUCCAUUGCCAUUAGCACCUACUCCAUGCUGGGCCAUACCACCAAAAGGUCCUGGGAGGCUGAGCGAGUCAUGGAGUGGCUCAAAACUCAGGAAUGGGGCCUCAUGAUCCUGGAUGAAGUCCAUACCAUACCAGCCAAGAUGUUCCGACGGGUGCUGACCAUCGUGCAGGCCCACUGCAAGCUGGGUUUGACUGCAACCCUUGUCCGGGAAGAUGACAAAAUCGUCGAUUUAAAUUUUCUGAUUGGGCCCAAACUCUAUGAAGCCAACUGGAUGGAGCUGCAGAACAACGGCUACAUCGCCAAAGUGCAGUGCGCUGAGGUUUGGUGCCCAAUGUCUCCUGAAUUUUACCGGGAGUAUGUGGCAAUCAAAACCAAGAAACGAAUCUUGCUGUACACCAUGAACCCCAACAAAUUCAGAGCUUGCCAGUUUCUGAUCAAGUUUCAUGAAAGGAGGAAUGACAAGAUUAUUGUCUUUGCUGACAAUGUGUUUGCCCUGAAGGAAUAUGCCAUUAGGCUGAACAAACCCUAUAUCUAUGGUCCUACAUCCCAAGGAGAGAGGAUGCAGAUACUCCAGAAUUUCAAGCACAACCCCAAAAUCAAUACCAUCUUCAUAUCCAAGGUGGGUGACACAUCGUUUGAUCUGCCAGAAGCAAAUGUUCUCAUUCAGAUCUCAUCUCAUGGUGGCUCCCGGCGGCAGGAGGCCCAGAGGUUGGGGCGAGUGCUCCGAGCCAAAAAAGGGAUGGUUGCCGAGGAGUACAAUGCCUUCUUCUACUCAUUGGUGUCCCAGGACACACAGGAAAUGGCUUAUUCAACUAAGAGGCAGAGGUUUUUGGUAGAUCAGGGUUAUAGCUUUAAGGUGAUCACAAAGCUUGCUGGCAUGGAGGACGAGGAGCUGGCAUUUUCCACGAGAGAAGAGCAGCAGCAGCUCUUACAGAAAGUCCUGGCAGCCACUGACCUGGAUGCUGAGGAAGAGGUGGUGGCAGGAGAAUUUGGCUCCAGAUCCAGCCAGGUAUCUCGGCGCUUUGGCACCAUGAGCUCCAUGUCUGGGGCUGACGACACCGUGUACAUGGAGUACCAUUCGGCUCGGAGCAAGGCUUCCACGAAACACGUGCACCCGCUUUUCAAGCGCUUCAGGAAAUGACAUAUGUAGGGUCACAUGGAUGAGGGCUGGGUCCUUGGCACCAACAUCAGAUAGGGAUUUUCCACAUUCUUAUUCUUUGCUCUAGCAUUGGCCAAACUGAUCUAGAGGCAAUGUUUGUUAACUGUGUUGAGGAAAAUGGAUCAAGACCUUGGUUCUGUCUUCAUGGGUCAUCCAGGGCUUAAAGAAAGUUGGGUAACUCUGUUUUUGGGUUUUUUUUCCCCCCAGACCUCUUUUCAAUCAUGGGCAGUGGCCAUUCCUGUAUAUAAGUAUUUGUAAUAUUUAAGAUGUAUUUAUCUUAAUAUUCUGAAUAAACAGAAGUGGAGAAUUUGA